GCUCCGAAAAGUUUGGCGGAAACCCACGUGGUCAUUGUUUAGUGUCAAAGUGUGAGAGUGAAAAGGGAAAAUCCAAGUUUUUGGGGAUUUGAUUUUGUUUUGAGGGUUUGGGGAGGUGUGGAGGAGUGUUUGGAGUGGUUGUUGAUCAGCCUCUGGGGAUUACUAACGAAGCCAAUCUCUAUUUAUUUUCUAACUAAUUGAAUUGAACAAAAAAUAUGAAUAAAAGAAAAUUGGAAGACGAGGAAGAGUCGAAAGAGGACAAGAGGACAGUUCUGUCUCGGCUGAAAUCAGACACAGGAGAGGAGCUACCAGGAGGCCUUCUAGAUCUUCCCCUGGACGUGGGGGUCGACAAGCUCCAGCUGAUCUGCAACGCACUGUUGGGUCAGGAUGACCCAGUUCCCCUCGCAUUCUUCGUUAACGACGUGGAAGUCACUGGGACUCUUGGAGAGAACCUGGGGAAAAACUUCUCUACAAGUGAGAACGUCGUCGACAUUAUUUACCAGCCACAAGCUGUCUUCAAGGUCAGGGCUGUGACCAGGUGUACAGGAUCCAUCGAGGGUCACAAGGAGGCAGUCAUCUCCGUCGCCUUUUCCCCAGACGGACGGCACUUAGCGAGUGGUUCUGGUGACACAACAGUCAGAUUCUGGGACAUCAACACCCAGACACCUCACUUCACCUGCACAGGACACAAGCACUGGGUCCUCUGCAUCUCGUGGUCCCCCUGUGGCACGAAACUCGUGUCAGCCUGCAAGAAUGGCUCUAUAAUCCAGUGGGACCCCCUGACGGGCUCCCAGAUUGGCAAGACCAUGACUGGACACAAAAUGUGGGUGACGUCCAUCAGCUGGGAGCCUUACCACAGGAGUAAGGAGUGCAGGUACCUCGUGAGUGCCUCCAAGGACUCGGAUCUGAGGAUCUGGGACACGAAAUUGUGCCAGACUACGAGGGUCUUGGCCGGACACACGAAGAGUGUCACGUGUGUCAGGUGGGGUGGGAGAGGCCUCAUCUACUCCGGCUCACAGGACAGGAGCAUCAGAGUCUGGAGGGCAGAAGACGGGAUCCUCUGCAGGAUUCUACAAGGUCACGCCCACUGGGUGAACACGCUAGCCCUGAACGUGGACUACGUCCUGAGGACCGGUCCCUUCGACCUCACAGCCCCCUCAGAGGACCCCGAGGCUCUGGCCCUGAGGCGGUACGAGGCAGUGGGAGAGGAGCGCCUAGUCUCAGGCUCCGACGACUUCACCCUCUUCCUCUGGGCCCCAGAGAAGGAGAAAAAGCCCAUCGCCAGGAUGACGGGUCAUCAACAGCUGAUAAAUGAUGUCAAGUUCUCCCCGGACGGCAGAGUAAUCGCCUCAGCGUCAUUCGACAAAUCCAUCAAGUUGUGGGAGGCCUCCAACGGAAGAUUCAUAACAUCACUGAGAGGACAUGUCCAGGCGGUCUACUCCAUCGCCUGGAGUGCAGACUCCAGACUCCUCGUUUCAGGCUCCUCGGACUCAACUCUCAAAGUCUGGAGCAUGAAAACGAAAAAACUUGCGGAGGACUUGCCGGGACACGCUGACGAGGUCUACGCGGUUGACUGGUCCCCAGACGGCCUCAGGGUGGCUUCUGGAGGGAAGGAUAAGGUCCUGCGACUGUGGCAGAACUGAUUGCCGUUUUUUUUUUUGAAGA